UUUCAUUCAACUUUAUUCACUUUACUAAGACGCGUUUGAAAACUUGUGAUUAAAUUAAUAAUGUGUUCUAAAGUAUUUCAAAUUUUGGUGGUAUUUACAAUGCUUUGCAUGGGCAAGGGUCAGCCAGGUUUAAGAAUCAUUGGUGGCAAAGAUGCUGAGGAAAAAGAGUACCCAUUCGUAGUGCGACUGCAAAUCUUACUUACUAUUCUUGACACAAACACAGAUUAUCGUUUUCAUGUCUGUACAGGUGCUCUUAUAGCUCCCACUUGGACAGUCACAGCUGCACACUGCGAACCAGAGGAAAUUAUUACAGAAUCCUACACGCAAGUGCCUUACAUAUUGGCUGGAACUGUCACUGACGCGUUGAUGAAAUUCAAAGACGCAGCAAAAUUAGUAAAAAAGUUUAUCAUACACCCCUCAAAUCGUAUCAUUGUAAUCGAAGUGCGUAAUGAUAUAGCCUUGAUAAAGAACGAGGCGGUCACUUUGCCACAGUACGCUCGUGUCAGUGCUAUAGGUGCUACGACUCUGAUUGGAUUGGAAGCUACUGCCACUGGUUACGGAAUCACAAAUGAAUCGUUUUUGGUUGGCGAUGCAACUACGCUACAUAAACCUUUACAAACUUUGGACGUGUUAGUGGUUCAGUGUGGAGAAGUUCAACGGGAAAUGUUAUUUCCACGACUUUGUGUCGCCAGGCGGUGCAGACACUCGGCCGGUCUGUGUCCUGGAGACUCCGGUGGGCCCUUACUCCACGCUUCAGGUGUAAUCGGCGUCAACACCCUUGGUCCUCAGCAGCUGGAAAGAUUUUGUGCCAACCAACCAACGGACCCAAUUUAUGACGUUGCCGCCAUAACUCCAAUUGAUUCGUUCAUUGGUUGGAUAAGAAACACGAUGGAACAAGACAGUUUGUAAUUCGAUCUGUAACUUAGAAUAAAUAUGUUUUCUGAC